AUUUUUAUCCACGAAAUUGGUUGUUGUUAUAAAUUCCCACAAAAUUGAUAAUUUUAAUUUAUUAUUCAAUUAAAUUCAAUAGAAAAGCAUGUUUAAAAUUGCUAAUUAUGAUAUCUUAUGUUUCUUGUAAUCAUUAAAAAGUUUUGAUCAAAUGCUGAUCCAGAAUGUACUUUCCAAUCGGGUGGCCAAAAGUUCUGAAAAAUCUAGGUUCUGAUAAUCAAAUUAACAAACAAAUAGUUUCUAACAGAGACAAAAUAUUGUUUGCAUCAUUGAGCGAUGACUGCCUCACUGUGUGGUUUUGCAAGCCAACUGUGCCAAUAGUCUUUCACAAGAGGAGUGAUGAAUCUCUGAAGCGUUUAGGUGUGAAUAUUGGAGUAGAAUGGAAACCAGAUUCAUCAAUGAUAUGUAUUGCGACAUCAGAAGGGCAUCUAAUACUCUACAAUGUGGAGGGAUUGAGCGAGCAGACUGCUUAUCAGCAGUACGACCCGCCGGCCGCGAGCUUGCGGAGAGAUUCUGCUGAAUUGUUUGUAAAGGAAGUGAUCCCGUCACUGAAGAUAAGCCUGUUCAAAGAGGUGUUGGUGUGGGACGGACAGAUCACCCGCAUGUGCUGUAUAUCAGGCACGGAGAUCCUGGUGUGUACAACACGGGCCCACCUCUUGCGGUACCGCUGGGACGGUACACAGAACCGGGAUUACUGUCUUGACCUGGGACGUAUACCCUUCUCUAUCAAUCAACAAGUUUCAAAAGCUGAGCCUAUAAUAGAAGAUAACACACAUGUAAACGAUAUAGAAUACUCUCCACUAGUGUGUGGCUUUGGCAUCACAUUAAACGAUGGGAGAGCCGCUUACCUCACUGCACCUAAUCUCAAAUUUGAUCCUAAUGCCGUCCAAGGCAUUUGGGCUCAGGGCAUUGACGAUGCCACCUGUGCUAGAGUUAAUCACAAGUAUAGACUUAUCGCUAUUGGGAGAAAAAAUUCUCAAGUGGACGUGUUCACGAUAGACGAGGCGACGGGUGGGCUGGAGUUGUCGCACACCAUGGUGCUGAGCUCCAGGGACUUCCCCGGCGACCCCGGACCCGUCAAGUGUAUGAGAUGGUCGGGCGACGGGCGCGCGGUGGCGGUGUCGUGGGAGCGCGGCGGAGUGUCCGUGUGGUCCACGUUCGGGGCGCUGCUCAUGUGCUCCCUCGCCUGGGACUACGGACUCAACCAGGACCUGCUCAAGCACAACCCGCUCGUUGUUACUAGUAUGGAGUGGGCGACUGAAGGCUACCAACUCUGGAUGGUACGAGUGGAGGGUGAUACCAGCUCUAAUCUCAUACAGCUGGACUUUGUGAAGAGCCCGCUCAGUGUCAACCCUUGUAUGAGCAACCAAAGCCACCUCUACCUGCAAGCGGACGAUAAACUGUACAUCAACCUAGAAGACAAUCUGACCAAACGCACCAAACUGUCCAUCAUAGACUCGUCUACAGACUACCAGUCAGACAACGGGUUGAGCGAUCACAACGCCGGCUCUGACGAGUUUGAUAACACGAAUAAGUACACGGAGUUUGUGGACGACAAUGAGUGCAGGAAGCAGUGGAUCGUUCUGCCGCUGCCGGCUACGUAUAUUGCUACUAAUUGGCCGUUGAGGUACUCGGCCAUAGACCGCACCGGGGUCCACCUAUGCGUGGCGGGUCGCACGGGACUCGCCCACUACAGCUGCGUGACUCGCAAGUGGAAACUGUUCGGCAACGAGACCCAGGAGAAGGACUUUGUAGUCACUGGAGGCAUGCUGUGGUGGAGGGACUAUAUUGUUAUAGGUUGCUACAGCAUCCUCGACGGGCACGACGAGAUCCGCUUCUACCCGCGCGACGCGAAGCUCGACAACAAGCACGCCAAGAUAGUGAGAGUGCAGGCGCAGGUGUUCGUGAUAGACCUGCUGGAUGACCAGCUCGUGGUGUUCGGGGCGGAUGCACUGGUUACGAUAUAUGAGCUCAAUUGUGUUGAUAAUGCGGGCAACAUCGAGAUGCGCUGCGUGCAAGCGGUCGACGUCUCCGCCCUAUCUCACCCGGCGUGCGUGGUGUCGUGCGCACUGUGCCGCCUGCAGGACGGCGCGCCCGGCCGGCCCGCGCCGCGCGCCCCCGCCCCCGCGCCCGCGCAGAGACAGCCCGACUCUCUGGUCAUCAACGCUAGCGGAAGGCUGAUGAUGGUGCAACGGGAAGAGUAUGAUGUCGAUGAAGAUAACAAUCCGGCCUACAACUGUCUACCAGCAACAGUCCUCGCAUCUUGCGUGGAGAGUGUCUGGGCAGCCAGCGGCAGCGGCCCGACAGCGACGCAACUGUCGCGGGCACUCUGGCUGUGGUGCGGGGCCCUGGGCGCGCGGGUGUGGCUGCCCCUCCUACCACGCGACGCUAGUCGACAGCCAGAUACCAGGCACACGUUCAUGGCUAAACGGAUCAUGUUGCCGUUCCAUUUGGAGAUCUAUCCGCUCACGAUCCUGUUCGACGACGCGAUCCUGCUCGGCGCGGAGAACGACACGACGCUGUACACCAGCGACUCGCACUCCGUGUUCUCGCUGCCCUUCUGUGUCGUCAACAGAACCAGCCAAGUGUACCUGCAACAGAUACUACGGCAGCUACUACGCCGCAACCUCGGCUACCACGCGUGGGAGAUAGCCCGCAGCUGCGCCGGCCUGGCCUACUUCCCGCACUCGCUGGAGCUGCUGCUGCACGAGGUGUUGGAAGAGGAAGCGACGAGCAAGGAGCCGAUCCCCGACGCUCAGCUGCCAAGCGUCAUCGAGUUUGUGCACGAAUUCCCCGUCUAUUUACAGACGGUAGUGCAAUGCGCGAGGAAGACAGAGAUAGCGCUAUGGGCGUAUCUGUUCUCUGCGGCCGGCAAGCCCAAGGAGUUGUUCCAGGAAUGUCUUCAGAGGAAAAUGUUGGACACUGCCGCGUCCUACCUGAUUAUUUUGCAGAACCUGGAGUCGUCAGCGGUGAGCCGUCAGCUGGCCAUCCAACUACUGGACACGGCCCUUCAGCACGAGCGCUGGGACCUGGCAAGGGACCUCGUCAGGUUUCUCAGUGCAAUUGACCCCAACGACGUGGACUCCCCGCGCAACUCAAUGAACGUGCACACGAAGUACGGGCAGAUGUCGCAGCCCACAGUCAGCCCCAACGCGGAGGACCUGUCCGUCAUACUGGGCAACAUGCAGCUAGCCGGAGGUCGCGGGCGCUCGUUCAGCACAACAGUGUCGCCGCGCGUGGAGGCGGACCCCCCCGCGCCCGCGCCGCCCCCCGCGCGCGCCACCGCCGCCGUCAAGAGGAAGAAGAGUGUACCUGCCCGGACUGACAAUUCCAGCUACCUAGACUACGUGCAACCGAACCAACUAUCCAACCGAGACAGCUUCAGCGGAAUAGCUGAAGAGUGCUUCAUAGAUCUCAUGAUCCAGCGUCACGCGAGGCAUCUCCUAUCAACAGCCAGACUACAUUCACUAGGCAAGAUGGCGGCGGCUCUAGACGUUCAUUUAGUGGCGUGGCUCGCGGGAGAGAGGGAGAGAGCUGCUAGAGUGGAUAGCGCCGUCCUUUGUCUGAAGAGGCUGCAUGAAGACUUCGCGUGGCCGUAUCCGGUGAACACGGGGCCGAGUGAACUGGCGCAUCGCCCGAGUUUUGCUGCGAGCUCCUACGCGCCGUCAGAACCGGAUAGCUUAUGCGGAGACAGCGGCUACAUGAGCCUGUCGUUCCGAGCCGCCGCGCCCGCCGCCGGCGCGCCGCUCACGCCCGGACCUGUCAGCGAGGGCAGCGUGGCGGAGGGCGGGCUGGCGUGGUGCCUCUCCGGCGAGGCGGAGGCCGACGAGCGACGAUACGCCGCCCUGAUGGAGCGACUACACCAGCACCAGGCGGACCGCGGCUCGCACACGCACCACGUGCAGCUCAGAUACUUCCUCCAACUGAUGACCGAAGCGUCCUGCCUCGAGUGGGCUCUAGUCCUGGCCAUCAUAUUACGCGACGCCAUGGCGGUGCUGCGCACGACCAACGCGGCGCGCUCCGCCGACGUGACGGCCGAGGCGGUGCGUCGCCUGCGCAAGGCUUUGCAGGACGUGUGUGCUUGGACUGAUUGCGAAUGUCUCGGCUACAAAUCGUUCAUGCUGGCGAUCAGCAACCAGAUCCCGUUCCUCACCUCCAUCAUCAACACGCGCGAGCGCCGCCUGUCCAUGGCGAAGCCCCGGGUUCGAACCUCCAGCACCUCCUCGCUCACUGCGCCCGAGCCCAAGCCGCAAGCUCCUCAAGAACCGAAGCUCCCACCCCCACAGAAAGCUCAAGAGGUAUCGAAACAGUCGGUUAGGAAAGACUCGCCGAAAGCUGCGCCGGCGCCGGUCGAGAAUAAAGUUCAAGUCACGCAGCUGCCGCCGCCGCCGCGGCACGACGAGACCGCCACGGGAUGCGCACUCAUGUAAAAGGGCUAAUGUAAAGGAUGUUUUAUCCUCCCCUAAAGAUAUUAACACAAUUAAAAACGAAUUUGUAAAUGUUUCCACGUGAUAAGGAACGUAAAUAAAUUGGCAGUUUUCUGCGACUGUAGUAUGUAAGUUAGUUCUCGAGUAGUAGAGUAAUUUAUUCAAUUAUUUACUGUUAGAUAUUCGUUAGGUAAUGAUUUGGUGCUGUUAUGGGCAUAAAUGAUUCAUUCCCCGUUGCACGGGACGCAAGACGUGAUAUUUUUACACUCACUUACAUUGCACGUCCCUUAGAGUGAUCGUGAGUUAAAUCUUUUUUAUGUCUUGUCGUGCGCGUUUUGCGUUCCGUUCUACAGGCCAGAUAGAUUUAAUAAAUUUUACUGUACUUGUGAUUAGGCUACUAUUUCACUAUGGUCAUUAUUCUUCUAGUCCUGCAUGUCAAAUUAUAUUCCAGCUGAUGAUUCCUGUGACGUUGUGACGAGGAGUCGUUUUGAGUUUUACGAUUUUAGAAAUA